AACAGACUCAAUUGAAAAUUUUUUUUGAAUAUUUUUGAUUCGCAGGUUUUUCUGGGAUUAUUGCUGGUGUUGGCUUGGACACCCCAAAAAGCUAUUGGGUUUUCCAAGAGCCCCUUGAAUUACCAUGUUCAAACAGACGAAGGCGACGAGCGGUUUUUCAAAUACCAAACCCUCAAUGGACAAUUUCGCAAGGAGAAACGACUCGAUGAUGGCACUCAGGUUGGCACAUAUGGAUGGAUAGACCCAACAGGUCUCCUCCGCCUUUAUGACUAUGUGGCAGAUGACUGGGGAUACCGCAUAGUCAACAGCUACACAGAGAAUGUGAACAAGGGAACUGCUCCUUACUCAUCCCCUGGACAAUAUGCUCCCAACACUGUCUAUGCUUCCAAUGAAGUCUCCAUGGAUCCAAAGCAUAUCCAAACCCACAAGACGCAUGGGAAAAAGAUGUACAAGGAAAUGCCCCUGCCAGGUUAUGCACCUCCACCAGCACACCACAAGCCAGCUGUGUACACUAGUAAAGAGCACUUUGGAUCAUAUGAAGUCCCACAUUCAAGUGGGAGUCAAGAGAGUGUGAAGCAUUCCUAUAGUGCACCACAUCCAGUGGUCAGCAACUCCUAUGGUCCUCCAAAACAGUCUUAUUCAGUGCCUGAGAAGGCUUCCAACUCUUAUGAAGUUCCUUCAAAUUCAUACACUGUUCCUUCAGCCUCCAGCACUUACAAGUCAAAAGAAACCUAUGCAGUUCCUGAGGCACCAAAGCAUUCUUACAAGGUCCCAGACCCUCCACAAACAUCUUAUGGCAUUCCUGGAAUCCCAAAGGAUACUUACAAAGCUCCUACUCCAGAAAAAAGUUCCCAUCAAGUUCCCCAGAACAGUUACAUUGCACCAGUGAUUCCAAAGAAAACAUAUGCAACUCCAGAGGUUCCACAAAACUCAUACAAGGUUCCAAAUGUUCCCAAGCAACCUUACAUAGUUCCAGAGACUUCAAAGUCAUCUCAUGCCAAUCUACAGGUCCCAGAGCAAACCUAUGGAGUCCCAGUGGUACAGCAAGAUUCUUACUCUGCUCCUGUGGCAUCACAACAGGAAGCUUAUCAAGUUCCACAACCAUCAUAUACACUGCCAGUGGUACCAAAUAAAGAAACAUAUGUGGUACCAAAGGAAACCUACAAAGCUCCAGAACCAUCUUAUGAAGUGCCAGUGGUACAAAAGCAAACAUAUGUGGCUCCAAAGAAUACCUACAAAGUCCCAGAAAAAUUCUAUGCAGUGCCUGUGGUACCAAAGCAAACAUAUGUGGCACCAAAGGAUACCUACAAAGUCCCAGAGAAAUCGUAUGCAGUGCCUGUGGUACCAAAGCAAACAUAUGUGGCACCAAAGGAGACCUACAAAGUCCCAGAAAAAUCGUAUGUAGUGCCUGUGGUACCAAAACAAACAUAUGUGGCACCAAAGGAGACCUACAAAGUCCCUGAACAAUCUUAUGCAGUUCCAGCAGUGGUCCCAAAACAAACAUAUGCUGCACCAAAGGAAACCUACAAAGUUCCAGAGCCAUCCUAUGCAGUGCCAGUGCUAGUAUCAAAGGAAUCUUAUCAACUACCUGCAGCUCCAAAGGAAACUUAUCAUGUUCCAACAACGCUGAAGGCAACUCAGGAAGUUCCAGCAAUCCCAAAGCAAACUUAUGGAGUUCCAGAACCACAUAAAGCAUCUCAUUUUGUGCCAGAAGCUGUGAAACAUUCCUACAGUGUCCCAGAGCCACCAAAACAAAGUUAUGCAGUACCUACAACUCCAGCAAAGAACUCAUACAAAUCUCCUGAAGAAGAUGACCACCACCAUAAAUCCUACAAGAAUCCAGAGAAAAUCCACCAAGGGAGUUACCAACCACCCAAGGCCCAUCACCAUUCUACUACAUAUGUUGCUCCAAAGCCAACAUAUCAUGCUUCAAAUUCUUAUGAUGUCCCCAAAAAGGCAGUGGUUUACAGCAGUCCAAGAAGAGUUGUUUACAAAAAGCCAGUCUACCAGCAACAUGUGUCAUACUCAACCCCAAAGGUGGUUGCUGUUUACAAGGAACCUCAAACAACAUAUGUGGCUCCAAAAGUCUAUGAGAAGACACAUGAACCCAAGGCUCAAUAUAGUGCACCCAAGGUUACUGUUUACAAGCCUAAGGUGAACAGCUAUCCCAGACCUACACACACUUACAAGGGACAUCAUAACAGCUAUCAUGAUGAUGAUCAUCACCACAAUCCAGCAGCUACACAAUAUAUACCCAAAACUGUGCCUGUGGUGAGCUUUGUGAAGACACCUGGGGAUUACCAUAGUACAAGGAAAGUUAUUGGAUUUGAGGAUCCUGAUGCUGCUUCUCGUCACAAGGUUUACUACAAAGCACCCAUCAAGGCAUCUUACUCCCACAGAACUGUGGAUACCCACUCUGUGAAUGUUGCUGGGCCAAAGGUAGAGUCAUAUUCACAUUCCAAGGGGCACCAACAUCAUGUGCACCAUCCAAAGGGACAUCACCACCAUGAUACACAUGUGAAGAGUCAUGAUCAUGGACAUCACCACCAUGAUACACAUGUGAAGAGUCAUGAUCAUGGACAUCACCACCAUGAUACACAUGUGAAGAGUCAUGAUCAUGGACAUAAUUCCAAGGGUCAUGACCACCAUUCUACUGGGCAUCAUUCCAAGGGCCAUCAUGACCACCAUUCUACUGGACAUCAUGGAGGACAAACAAAAGGGCAUCAUCAUCAUGAUGACCAACUUGGAGGUCACAGUCAUCAUCACACAGUUUCAACAAGUUAUGCACCUCCUCAUCAUCAGCAUAGUCAUGGACACCAGAAGGCAGGAUUCUUUGCACCAAAGGGAGAAAAUCAGCAUAAUCAUCAUAAAGCCAAAGCAGGAUUCUUUGCUCCACAAACACAUCAUGAUGAUCACCACCAUGAAAAAGGAGGUCAUUUUUCCCCAGCAGCAAGAGCUUAUAAGGCAGCAAACCCUACAACCCCAGCUUUCAAUGCUGUAACCAGCACCCCUGCUCACUUUUCAAGGGGCAGCAGUCAGGCAACAUUUUUGACUCCUGUGAAACCUGAUGCAAGUCACCACCAUCAUCAUCAGCCCAAGAAUGUUGAGAUCCCUGUAACUUCUUACAGGCCCACUGAAUCACCAACAACCAGAGGAUUUGGGUUUCCUAGUAUCAAGUCCAAGGGGGAAGAUCAUCAUCACAUUGGACAGCAUGGAUCUACAGCACUGAACAUUGUGGUUACAACUGAGAAGCACAGUUUUCCUGCUGAGAAGAAUGAUGAUGUGUUCUUCAAACCUCUGGUUUCUUCCUCUCAAGGUGAUGUCAGCAAGUCAAGCGGUUCUCAUAUUCAAGAACUCACGUCAGUUCUGGAGCCGCCAGCAGAACACGGAAAAGCAGACUAUUUUGAAAAGUUCCUGGGAAAACCCACUGAUCAGCAAGAGUCAUUCGAUGAUUCCCCAUUGCAGGAUGACAAAUUCAAACACUUCAUCCCUGCGUCAUUCGGUUUGCGCAGGCGCAAACGGAAUAUCCCAGAAAGUUCUUUGACAUCGACACCUGAUCACAGCUUUUCUCCGCUCCCGAAACGAUCACAAAUGGCGUUCCACAGUGAAUCUUCAAAUAAUUUUGGCAGCAAACGGAGGGUGGUCGGGUCACAUGUACGCGUGCGUAGGCCGAGAGGGUCGCGAGAUAAGAACGUUCAGGUCGGCGUUUAUGAUCAUGGUUCGGACGGGGAUUUCCGGUACAACACCGGAAAUCAGUUCCACUAUGAGAAAAUCCUGCCGAACGGCGACAAACAGGGUAGGUUCGGUUACGUGGACCCGUUAGGCGUGUUUCGGCAGAUACACUACACGGCUUCGUCGACAUCCGGUUUCCAUGUUCAGAAGGACUUCCGGCAAGUCGGUGAACACUACGACACGUCUCACGAGUGAUGCAGAUUAGGUGGGAGGGAAUUAAUGACAAUCCCCAUUUUUUCGAGGCAGGUUCUGAUGAGGCAUUUUGAGAGACAGAAAAUCAGAAAGAGAUUCCAUCAAAAUGACGCGAAACAUUUCCCCGGGGGACGUAAGCUGUGAUUAAUUCUGCACAGUUGAAUGGGUUUCGAGACUAAUCAAACAAAAGUGAACUAUGAAUGCAUUUGCGCGUAUCUCAUGUGUGUUAUUAUGUGAACGGAGUUAUUUUUUACUCGUCGAGUGUUGACUUGUAAAAUACCGUACUUGAACGCUUUCGGACGUUUUCCUGCUAUAAAGAAUAUCUGUUGGACGCUGAGAAACCCUUGCGUGUACAUGAUUUUAUUUGAAUAAAGCUUUAUCGAGAAA